CGGAGCGGAGGGCGAUCGCGAGCCGGGCCGAGCCGAGCGGGGGGCGGGAGACAGGAAGCGGGAAGGGAAGAGGUAGGACCGCGGGGGGAGCCAGCGGGCGGGCGGCGAGCGCCGGGAGCGCCUCCCCUUCGCCUCCGGUGCUCCGCUUCUCUGUCGUCCGCUCCCGCGUCCGGGCGCGAUCGCCGCCGCCGCCCGCCAGCAUGCCCGGCGUGGCCCGCCCGCCGCUGCCGCUGCUGCUGCGGCUGCUGCUGCUGCUGCUGCUGCUGCUCCCGCGCCCCGGCCGGCCGCUGGACUUGGCCGAUUACACCUACGACCUGGGCGAGGAGGAUGCCUCUGAGCCCCUCAACUACAAAGACCCCUGCAAGGCGGCUGCCUUUCUUGGGGACAUAGCCCUGGACGAGGAGGACUUGAGGGCCUUCCAGGUGCAGCAGGCUGGGGAUCUCAGACAGCGAGCAGCCUGUAGGUCACCCAUCAAAGCUGCAGGAAACUCUUCUGCCCCUAGCUGUCAGAGCACUAGUGGGCGGUCACAGAGGGAAACCCGGGGGAGAUGGAGAGGCAGGCCCCGCAGCCGGCGGGCAGCUACAUCCAGACCAGAGCGUGUGUGGCCGGAUGGAGUCAUCCCCUUUGUCAUUGGGGGAAACUUCACUGGUAGCCAGAGGGCAGUUUUUCGGCAAGCCAUGAGGCACUGGGAAAAGCACACCUGUGUCACCUUCUUGGAGCGCACUGAUGAGGACAGCUAUAUUGUAUUCACCUACCGACCCUGCGGGUGCUGCUCCUAUGUGGGUCGCCGUGGUGGGGGCCCCCAGGCCAUCUCCAUCGGCAAGAACUGUGACAAGUUCGGCAUCGUGGUCCAUGAGCUAGGUCAUGUCAUUGGCUUCUGGCAUGAGCACACGCGGCCUGACCGGGACCGUCAUGUCUCCAUUGUGCGUGAGAACAUCCAGCCAGGGCAGGAGUAUAACUUCCUGAAGAUGGAAAUUCAAGAGGUGGAGUCCUUGGGGGAGACCUAUGACUUCGACAGUAUCAUGCACUAUGCCCGGAACACGUUCUCCAGGGGCAUCUUCCUGGACACCAUUGUUCCCAAGUAUGAGGUGAAUGGUGUGAAGCCUCCCAUCGGCCAAAGGACCCGACUAAGCAAAGGGGACAUCGCCCAGGCCCGCAAACUCUACAAGUGCCCAGCUUGUGGAGAGACCCUACAGGACAGCACAGGCAACUUCUCCUCUCCUGAAUACCCCAACGGCUACUCCGCUCACAUGCACUGCGUAUGGCGUAUCUCAGUCACACCUGGGGAGAAGAUCAUUCUGAACUUCACAUCCAUGGACCUGUACCGCAGCCGUCUGUGCUGGUAUGACUACGUGGAGGUGCGUGAUGGUUUCUGGAGGAAGGCGCCCCUUCGAGGUCGGUUCUGUGGCGGGAAACUCCCGGAGCCCAUCGUCUCCACCGACAGUCGUCUCUGGGUUGAAUUCCGCAGCAGCAGCAACUGGGUUGGGAAGGGUUUCUUUGCCGUCUAUGAAGCCAUCUGUGGGGGUGAUGUGAAAAAGGACAAUGGCCAUAUCCAGUCGCCCAAUUACCCAGAUGACUACAGGCCCAACAAAGUCUGUAUCUGGCGGAUCCAGGUGUCUGAGGGUUUCCACGUGGGCCUCACGUUCCAGUCCUUUGAGAUCGAGCGCCAUGACAGCUGUGCCUAUGACUACCUGGAAGUGCGUGAUGGUCACAGUGAGAGCAGCUCCCUCAUCGGGCGCUAUUGUGGCUAUGAGAAGCCCGAUGAUAUCAAGAGCACAUCCAGUCGCCUCUGGCUCAAGUUCGUCUCUGAUGGCUCCAUUAACAAAGCUGGCUUUGCAGUCAACUUUUUCAAAGAGGUAGAUGAAUGCUCUCGGCCCAACCGUGGAGGCUGUGAGCAGCGGUGUCUGAACACCCUGGGCAGCUACAAAUGCAGCUGUGACCCUGGGUAUGAGCUGGCCCCAGACAAGCGCCACUGUGAGGCUGCCUGUGGUGGAUUCCUCACCAAGCUCAAUGGCUCCAUCACCAGCCCAGGCUGGCCUAAGGAGUACCCACCUAACAAAAAUUGCAUCUGGCAGCUGGUGGCCCCCACUCAGUACCGCAUCUCCCUGCAGUUUGACUUCUUUGAGACAGAGGGCAAUGAUGUGUGCAAGUAUGACUUUGUGGAGGUGCGCAGUGGACUCACAGCUGACUCCAAGCUGCAUGGCAAGUUCUGUGGUUCUGAGAAGCCCGAGGUCAUCACCUCCCAGUACAACAACAUGCGUGUGGAGUUCAAAUCUGAUAACACUGUGUCCAAAAAGGGCUUCAAGGCCCACUUCUUCUCAGACAAGGAUGAGUGCUCCAAGGACAACGGCGGCUGCCAGCAAGACUGUGUCAACACGUUUGGCAGUUAUGAGUGUCAGUGUCGUAGCGGCUUUGUCCUCCAUGACAACAAACAUGACUGCAAGGAAGCUGGCUGUGACCACAAGGUGACAUCCACCAGUGGCACCAUCACCAGCCCCAACUGGCCUGACAAAUAUCCCAGCAAGAAGGAGUGCACAUGGGCUAUCUCCAGUACCCCAGGGCAUCGGGUCAAGCUGACUUUCAUGGAGAUGGACAUCGAGUCUCAACCUGAGUGUGCUUACGACCACCUGGAGGUAUUUGAUGGGCGUGACGCCAAGGCGCCUGUUCUUGGUCGCUUCUGUGGCAGCAAGAAGCCCGAACCUGUCCUGGCCACAGGCAGUCGUAUGUUCCUGCGCUUCUACUCAGACAACUCCGUCCAGAGGAAGGGAUUCCAAGCGUCCCACUCCACAGAGUGUGGGGGCCAGAUGAGGGCAGACGUGAAGACCAAGGACCUAUACUCCCAUGCUCAGUUUGGUGACAACAACUACCCCGGAGGGGUAGACUGCGAGUGGGUCAUCGUGGCCGAGGAGGGCUAUGGUGUGGAGCUGAUAUUCCAGACCUUCGAGGUGGAGGAGGAGACAGACUGUGGCUACGACUAUAUGGAGCUCUUUGACGGUUAUGACAGCACAGCCCCAAGGCUGGGACGAUACUGCGGCUCUGGGCCUCCUGAGGAGGUGUACUCUGCUGGAGAUUCUGUCCUGGUGAAGUUCCACUCAGAUGACACCAUCACCAAGAAAGGCUUCCACCUGCGGUACACGAGCACGAAGUUCCAGGACACACUCCAUAGCAGGAAGUGACCACUGCCCUCACAUGGGGGCAGGGAUAGAAGUCCUGCCUCCCUCAGUCAUCUAGACUGGACAGUAGGGAUGACAGGCAGGAGGUGACACAUCGUCCCUCACCCCCAGGCACCAGGACCUGCAGGGCCAACAGGCCAGGUGACACUGUCCUCAGGAGGUGGGGAAAUUGGACUCCUCAUAAACCACUUCCCUACAGUCCCCCCACCAGAGUGCGGGGUCAGGGCCCAGGGGCCAGAGCUUCCACUGAGACACUUGAAGUGACCAUUCCUCCCUGAGGCCCUGCCUGGUGGCAAGAGGGCCUGUCAACAGGACCCGGCCACCUUCCCUGCCGUCUCUACACGCUGUAUUGUGUAUAGCCGGUGGUCGUAAUCUUCAUUGUAAUGUACAUCUCCCUCCUCUUCUCCAGCCUUGACUUGGUUUUAUUUGACCCCUACCUUCCCUGUUUCUUGGGGCAUGAGUAUCUGUGUGUGUCCCCUAGGAGCCAUAAUGGGGAGAUGGAGAGGAGAGGGGGAAAAAAACAAGACAGGGCUUCUCCAGGCCCGUGGCUGGUCAGCCACACCAGAGCACACCAGCCAAUAAACCGAAAGUGUUACAGCC